AGGAGUGGCGCCCAGCUACGUGAAGAAUCCGAUGAAAUUUUCUGAGACGACUUAGCUUUUACAAAGUCACGCCUAUUGUAGUUUUGUUUGUUCAUCAUAUGCUUUUCAAUCUCCUUUCUAAUUACUUCCCUGCAUGUAUUUGAGGAACCCGAUUGAAUUCCGGCCAUAUCAAAUAUAUGGCUUGAUAGAUGGCUUCUAACUCUCCUUCUGUUAGUACUUCCCCAUCCACUCAGGGAUGGACGUAUGAUGUUUUCUUAAGCUUUAGAGGUCCAGAUACUCGUAAGACUUUUAUAGAUUUCCUUUAUGAGUCGUUAGAACGUAGAGGGAUUCGUACUUUCAAAGAUGACGAUCGACUGGAGAAAGGAGACUGCAUCUCCACGAGCCUAAUAAAAGCUAUUCAAGAAUCACAGUUUUUGAUUGCAGUCUUCUCCGAAGGCUAUGCAUCGUCAAAAUGGUGUUUGGAAGAACUUGCAACAAUGAUGGAAUGCCAUGAAACGUUCAAAAAGCAAAUUGUGGUGCCAAUUUUUCACAACGUGGAGCCUUCAGAUGUCCGGAAACAGGAAGGAAGUUUUGGAGAUUCGUUCAAGGAAUUGGUUGAAAGAUUUGUGAAGGAUGAGGAGGAGGAGAAGGUAAGAAGAUGGAAGGAAGCGUUGAAAAACGCAGGCUAUCUCAAAGGGCAUCAUUUGCAGAAUGACUAUAAAGGAUACGAAGCAACAUGUGCAGAAAAAGUUGCUGCCGACAUAGAUGCUCGAUUGAAUCGAGCAUCUCUAGCCUUUGAGGAGAACUUAGUGGGGUUGGAAUCUAGAGUUAACAACAUUGGUAACUGGUUGAGGUUGGCAACUGAUGAUAAUGAUGAUUUUCGAUUCAUUGGCAUUUGUGGUAUGGGAGGUAUCGGUAAGACAACAAUUGCAACAUGUGUCUUUAACAAAUUUUCGUAUCAAUUUGAUGGAGCUUGUUUUCUUGUCGAUAUUAGACAACAUAAUGUCAUUGAAUUGCAAAAGACCCUUUUAACGAAAAUCUUAAAGGAAAGAUCAGAAGUAAUAGAAAUAAACAAUGCGCAAGAUGGAAUUGGGAAGAUAAAGAGGAGGCUUAAAGAGAAAAAGGUUUUGAUUGUUCUUGAUGAUGUAGACAACAAGUUGGAACAAUUAGACAAAUUAGCUGGAGGUGGUGAUUGGUUUGGUAGGGGUAGUAGAGUGAUUAUAACCACAAGAGAUGCUGGAGUAUUGCGUUCCCAUGGGGUUGAUGAAAAGUAUAUAUACCCAGUACACACAUUGAGAGUGGAAGAAGGUAUUCAACUGUUUAUAUCAUAUGCCUUUAAAAAGAAACCUAAGAUUGGCGUGGAACAACUCUGUGGAUUAGUUGUGCGUUAUUGUAAGGGUCUUCCACUAGCUCUUAAAAUUUUAGGGUCUUCUCUUUGUGGACUAGAGGCUGCUGAUUGGGAAAGCACUUUAGAGGAACUUAAGGACACCCCCAAUGAUGAUAUUGAUGUGAAGCUUAAGAUAAGUUUUGAUAGACUAGAUUCUAAAAACAAAAAGAUCUUUUUACAUAUUGCAUGCUAUUUCAGACACCAGAAGGAAGAACAUGUAAAAGAGGCGCUUAAAAGUUGUAAUUUGCUACCAGCCAUGGGUUUGCGUGUGCUCGUUGAAAAAUCUCUUAUAUCAGUUGAAGAAGGAAAUAUUGAGAUGCAUGAUCUAAUCCAAGAAAUGGGUUGGCGUAUUGCAAGAGAUGAGAAACACAGUAGCAGAGUUUGGGAGUUCAAGGAGGUUGAUGAUGUGUUAUGCGGAAAAAUGGACCCUAAACACAUAGAAUUUAUGUUAUUCCCCUAUACAUGCGGAUUUCGGUGGCAAAAUAUUAGCAAUACCUUUGAAGCUUUGAAGAUACUCAUAGGUAAACGGUCACGGUCGUACGAUGAAGAAGGGGAUAAUAAUUAUCAGCUUCCUAGCAGCUUGAGGUGGCUUCAUUUCCCAGAUUAUCCUUUCAGUUCAUUACCCACAAGUUUUCAUCCCUCUAGCAUGGAUAUGAAUCCAUCGGAGCUUGUUGGGCUUUGUCUGCACCGUAGUUCUCUUGAAAAUUGUUGGAUAACUAAGGAAUUAAAUAAACUUACCUAUUUGGAUCUUAGCUCUUCCGGUUCUUUGCUAAAGACUCCAAAAUUUGAUAUGAUGCCGAAUUUGAGAAGUUUAGACCUUUCACAUUGUUCAAAAUUAAAAGAAAUUCAUCCCUCUGUUGGGCGUCUUGAGAAGCUUGUUUUAUUGGAUUUAAGCCUUUGCUGGCAGCUACAGACGCUUCCUUGCUUCGUUCAAGUUUCAUCUCUUAGAAUUCUUAAACUUGAGUCUUGCUCAGAAUUAGAAAAUUUUCCAGAAAUCCAGGCAAAUAUGCCACUUGUACUGGAGUUGAAUUUAGAUAGAAUUGGCAUUAGAGAACUCCCCUCAUCCAUCGGACGACUACGUGGCCUCACCGAGUUAGGCUUGUGUGGGUGUAAUGAUCUUGUCUCUCUUUCUGAUGACUUAUGUGAGUUGGAAAAUCUUAAAAUUCUUGAGCUUAGAGAUUGUCCCGAAUUAGAGUCAUUGCCAGAAAAGCUGGGCAACUUGUCAAAAUUGGAAGAGCUUCAUAUAAUUGAGACUGCCAUUUUUCAACUCCCAUCUUCAAUAGCGCAGUUGAGCUCACUUGAAUGCUUGUGUUGGGGAAGCAACGAGGAGUUUGAUGACGAGAGAGGUCUCAAAUUUUUGCCUAGUGUAUCAGGUUUGCGGUCACUGAAAAAGCUACAGCUCUCUCAUUUUAGGAUCACCGACGAAGGACUCCCUUCUGAUCUUGGACAAUGCUUGAUCUCAUUGGAAUAUUUGAAUCUUGAGGGAAGCAAAUUUGAUUAUUUACCUGAAAGUUUCGGUCAACUCCCUCACCUUCAAUACCUUGACCUCAGAGAUUGUGAAGAACUUGAAAUGUUGCCAGAACUCCCGAAAACUAUAAGAGAACUAUAUAUGCAUUCCCAUUUUGUCUCUGGAAACAAGUCAAUCAACAUAGCUAUGUUUGCAAUCAAGUACCCCAAGUUAUAUUCAAUCUCAUUCUCCUCUUGCGGUGAUGCGUAUGAUAGGUUCAGAGGUGAAACCUUUUUAGUCAAGGAGACCAUUCAAUUUCCAUUUCACAGAAAGACUCCUUUUAGUGUUAGCUAUUCAAGCAAGGAGUUUGAGGAGCCUAUGAAUGAUCGUUACCCCUUCCUGAGAUCAUUCCAAUACCAACGCUUCAAGUCAAAUAGGAUCUGCUUUGAUCUCAAUCCUUAUUGGUAUAGUACACAAUUUGGGGGAUUUGCUGUAUAUUUUGUCUCUUAUCAUGAUGAUAUGUGGGAACCACACUCGUACGAAGGCUUUGAUCGCCAUACUCGUCAUUGUGUGUUUAAAGCAAAACUAUCAUCACAUAAUGAUAUUCAUGAAGAUCUCAAAAUAAAAUGUGUGAUAGCCGGAUCAACUUGUUAUAACGACAGAGCAAUUUGCUUUGUCUACGUACCAUUUAGUAGUUUGUGGCCUGAAUCUAAACCUAUAACGGAAGCAAGUGAUUAUUCAAGAUUCGAGGUGGAACUAGUGAAUUUGAAAGCUUCUGCAGAUUGGGGCAUUAAUUUAUUGUAUAAAAGUAGGUAUACUUUUCCUUCACUAGAAGGAGCAAGAGAGCAUAUGGGUAAUUACCAUAGGAGUGAUUCAGAACAAAGUAAUGAAGAAGCUCCAUUGUUUGAAGAGACCCCUGUGUUGUCCACUCAGCCUGAGCCAGUUGUGCGCAAUCAAACAAAAAGUUUAGCUAAACUAUUUAAGAGACACGAAGAAGAGAAUACGAAGGCGAAUGUGGAAAUGUGGAAGGAAGAAUUGAAAAAGGAUGGCGAAAUCUCAGGGUAUCAUCUGCGGAAUGACUUUAAUGGGUUCAAAGCAAAAUGUGUCGAAAUAGUUACUCAUGACGGAUUUAGUCAUCUAUUGCAUUAUACCAUCCUUAAAGACAAUUUCGUGGGAUUGGAAACUAGAGUUGGCUAUGUAGGUAAGUUGUUGACACAGGAACCUGAUGAUGUUCAAUUCAUUGGGAUUUUGGGUAUGAAGGGUAUUGGCAAGACAACAAUUGCAAUGGUUGUUUUUCACAAAUUUUGGAGCCAAUUUGAUGAAGCUUACUAUCUUGUUGAUGUUAAGGAACAUAAGAUCACUGAAUUGCAAGAGGCCCUUUUAGGUAGAAUACUAAACAAGAAGAUGGGAAUAAGCAAUGAGGUUGAUGGAAUGAAGAAGAUAGGGGGAUUGCUUGGAAGGAAAAAGGUUUUGAUUGUUCUUGAUGACGUAGACCAGGUGGAACAAUUACAGAAAUUAGCUGGACGUCGAGAUUGGUUUGGUAAGGGUAGUAGAGUGAUUAUAACCACAAGAGAUGUAGGAGUAUUGCGUUCACAUGGAGUUGAUAAAAAGUAUGUAUAUAAAGUACAUACACUGGAAUACCAAAAAGCUAUUCAACUGUUUAGUUGUUAUGCCUUUAAAAGUGAAAUUCCUGCUACCGGUUUUGAACUACUCUCGGAAUUGAUAGUGUAUUAUUGUAAGGGUUUUCCAUUAGCACUUAAAGUUUUGGGGUCUUCUCUUUAUGGACUAGAAGUUGAUCAGUGGGAAAGUACUUUAAAGGUACUCAAGGGCACCCCCAUUGAUGAUAUCCAUGCAAUACUUAAGAUAAGUUUUGAUAGACUAGAUUCCAAAAACAAAAAUGUCUUUUUACAUAUUGCAUGUCUUUUUAGAAAUGAGAAGAAAAAAUGUGUAAAAGAGGCUCUUAAUGCUUUGCAACCUGGAUUCCUUGGUAUGCGUGUGCUCAUUGAAAAAUCUUUUAUAUCAGUCGAAGAUGGAAUAAUUAAGAUGCAUCAUCUAAUCCAAGAAAUGGGUUGGCGUAUUGCAAGAGAUGAGAAACACAAGAGCAGGGUUUGGGAGUUUAAGGAGGUUGAUGAUGUGUUAUGCGGAAAAAUGGACUCUAAACACAUAGAAUCUAUUGUAUUCCCCUAUACAUGCGGAUUUCGGUGGCAAAAUAUUAGCAAUGCCUUUAAAGUUUUGAAGAUACUCAUAGGUAAACGGUCAUUGGCGUACAAUAAAGAAGAAGAUACUCAUAGCAAUGCCUUUGAAGUUUUGACGAUGAAUAAUUAUCAGUUUCCUAGCAGCUUGGAAUUGAUUCAUUUCCCAGAUUAUCCUUUCCCUUUAUUACCCACAAGUCUUCAUCAUCCCUCUGGCAUGGAUGACAAUCCAUUGGAGCUUGCUGUGAUUUCUUCGCACCGUUGUUCUCUAGGAAAUUGUAGGAUAACUGAGAAAUUAAAUAAACUUACCUAUUUGAAUCUUAGCUCUUCUUGCUCUUUGCUCGAAACACCAAAUUUUGAUAUGAUGCCAAAUUUAGAAAAGUUAUACCUUUCAUGUUGUGAGAAAUUGGUAGAGAUUCAUCCCUCUGUCGGAUAUCUUAAGAAGCUUGUUUUAUUGGAUUUAAGUUAUUGCUGCAAUCUAAGGAGGCUUCCCAGAUUUAUUCAAGUUUCAUCUCUUCAAUUUCUCAAACUUGAGUGUUGCCAAGAAUUAAGAAAAUUUCCAGAAAUCCAGGAAAAUAUGCCACUUGUACUGGAGUUGAAUUUACGCGGCAUUAGGAUUAGAGAACUCCCCUCAUCCAUUGGACGACUACGUGGCCUCACCAUGUUAUGCUUGUGUCAGUGUGAAUAUCUUGUCUCUCUUUCUGAUGACUUAUGUGAGUUGGAAAGUCUUAAAAUUCUUGAGCUUAGAGAUUGUGACGAACUAGAGUCAUUGCCAGAAAACUUGGGCAACUUGUCAAAAUUGAAAGAGCUUCAUAUAAUUGACACUGCCAUUUUUCAACUCCCAUCUUCAAUAACGCAGUUGAGCUCACUUGAAUGCUUGUGUUGGGGAGGCAGCAGUGCACUUGGUAAGUUCAAGAAAGAGAUAAGUCUCAAAUUUUUGCCUAGUCUAUCAAGUUUGCGCUCACUGAAAAAGCUACGGCUCUCUGGUUUUAAGAUCAUCGACAAAGGACUCCCUUCCGAUCUUGGACAAUGCUUGAUCUCAUUGGAAUAUUUGAAUCUUGUGGGAAGCAAUUUUGAUUAUUUACUUGAAAGUUUCAGUCGACUCCCUCACCUUCAAUACCUUGACAUCACAUAUUGUGAAAAGUUGCCACAACAACUCCCAGCUACUAUAAGAGAACUAUAUGCAACUUCUAAUUUGGCUUCUGAAAGCAACAUGGCCAAGCUAGCAAUCAAGUACCCAAAAUUAUAUUCUGUCUCAUUCUCUCUUGAACAUGUUGGUGAAGAGAUAACUUUUUCUGCUGUGGGGUUAGCUAGGAAGUUUGCUCAUGCGCCUUUUCAAAUCAUGCGAAACUCUUCUUUCAUUGUUACCUAUCCUAUUCAAUAUUGUUCAACCGACAGAGAUAUGACGGAAUGGUUCAAAUAUUCAUCUUAUCAUUCAAAUAAGAUCUCCGUUAGUCUUAAAUCCUCCUGGUUUAAUCAAAGCUUUGUUGGAUUUGUUGUGUGCUUUAUUCUCAAACCAGGUGAUAGUAGUAUAUGGAAAUUAUGCCCAGACGGUUUUCCUUUUAGAUAUGGUGAGGUCAUAGCCCAGCUGGUACACAAAGAUAAUGAACAACUUCUCCAAACAAAUUGUGUGAUUGGCAGACAAGACCAUGAGUGCAAUGAAUUCAUGGAUACUGAAAUUAUAUGUUUUGCCUACAUACCAUUUCAUAGUCUGUUUAACAACGAAUUGAGCGCUACCCCCAGUGAUUAUUUGGUAUUUGAGGUGGGAUUUGGGGAUGCUGCAUCAAAUGCUUUAACAGAUUGGAGUUGUGGUUUGUUAUAUCAAAAUGAUGAAUCAUUAAGUGAAGCAAUAUGGAGCAAAACUAGUUCCCAUCAUAAUGGUGAUUCAGUUCCAAAUGGAGCCAAUCUAUGGGAGUUUACUAAAGUUGUAAAUCAAGUUCAAUGCCAAAUGGUUUCCAUGCCAGAGUGCUCUGAUACUAAGGUUGUCCGCCUUCUUUAUACAAAUUCUGGUGGUGGCAUCUUGGCUCUUAGCUCAAAUGGUAUUCAAGAACUAUGGAAAUGGCCCAACAAUGAACAAAAUCCAACCGGAAAGAGAUGGACCCUGAGCAGGUGCCCACCCUGCACUUGCUCCAGGGUCGGCCCUGAUGAUGUGGUAGAUGUCAACCUCGAAAAAGUAGCUCCUUGCAUCGACCUCUACAAGAAUGACUCUUAUAUUGUGUCAGCCGUUGGUAGAAAGGUUUCAUUCUUUAACACCAUGACAUUUGAGGUAAUGACAACAUUCCGGCCAUAUGCUACACCAACUUUCUUAGUUGUCUAUCCUUAUAACAAUAACGUUAUUGCAAUUGGUACGGAGAAUGGGACCAUAAUUUUAUACAAUGUUAGGGUAGAUGAGGUCAAGGUUCAAUUGUUUAAAGGUUGGUGUAAACGUAUCACUGGUCUAGCAUUCUCUACUACUGACCCUAGCAUUCUGGUUUCAUCGUCAGCUGAUGCCAAGCUUUGUGUAUGGGACAUUGGUUGUGGAUGGUGUGACAUAAGAUCAUCAGUUCGCAUCAGAUCAUCAGGUGACACACAUGUGAUGUUCCAUACUGACCAACUCCACUUAUUAGUUACACAUGAAACUCAAUUGGCAAUAUAUCAUAUAUCCAAUAUGAAACGCAAACGUCAGUGGAUCCCACAAGGCUGCCUCCCUGCACCAAUCUCUUCUGCUACAUACUCCUGUAAUAGCCAGCUAGUUUAUGCAUCCUUUAUUGAUGGGAAUAUUGGAGAAUUUGAAGCAAAUAACCUAACAUUGAGAUGUCGUAUUGCUCCGUCUGCUUAUUUAUCUCAGCCCGUAUUGAAUAGCGAGGGUGUAGUGUAUGCAGUUGUGAUUGCAGCGCAUCCACAGGAACCCAACCAACUCGCAAUUGGAUUGACAGAUGGGUCUAUUAAAGUCAUUGAACCAUUGAAAUCUGAAGGAGAGUGGGGAAUAUCUCCCCUUAUUGAUAUUGAAAUUCAAAAUGGAAAAGAAGGUGAAGAUGAGGGAAGGGGUGAAUCACUUGAUGGUGACGAAGUUGUUGAAGAGUAUGAAGCAAACGAAAGUAAUGCAGGGCAUGGUGUUGAAGUUGCAAUGUCAGAACAUAAUGAUUCAGAACAUGGUGCUGCAGAGGCUGCAAUGGCAGAACAUAGUGCUAAAUCGCCUAUUGAAACAAGUGUUUGUAAAACUGUAUUUGAGGCACCUAAAGUUCAGACUACUGAGAAGAGAAAAGCUCAUACACAAUCAUCAGUAGCUUUCUAUAAAAGGAAAGAGGGCGACAUUUUUAUCAUAUCAGAUCAACAAGUGAAUGAAGAAGAUGAUGAUGAAGAAGAAGGAGGAGAGGAGGAGGAUAAGCAAAGAAAGAAGGCUCGUCUCGAUAAUAAUGACAAGGUUCCAGAAGAUAUAAUAAUUAAUUCAGGAAAACAAAAUAAAGGAAAGAAUGAGCAAAAUGAUGGGCGUGGUGAACUAUUGGCCGCCAAUGUACAACCUCUGUUUGUUGAUGAUGAUGUCUUCCAGUGUUUAGGGAACGAUUGCAAAAAACUAUACGAUUUGCUAAGAGAAGGGACUAUGGAGUACAAUAUGGAUUGCAUUGGCGUGGAGUUAGAUGCUAAUAUCUUCCACCAUACGAACGUGGAACGCAUUUUUGUGGUGAUAAAGGACAUUAAAGACUUGUUUACAAUGAAUUGGCUUGAUGUAUCUGUAAUACAAGUCUUUAUAAUGUAUCUUUAUCAAUUGUGCAAGGAAUUUGAAGUUAGCUCAAUUGGAUUUAUGUGUCCAACACAAAUAGCAAAAGAUAAUGUUGACAGGAAUUCCAAAGUUGUUAUGGCAUAUCUUCGUAAUACCAUGUCCAAACUUCAAGAUAAGACAUUCAUUUUAGCACCGUACCAUCAAGUAAAUCAUUGGUUGCUGUUAGUGAUUUGUACUAGUGCAAGAAUGGUAUAUGUCUUAGAUCCUAUGCAAUGUGACCGUGACUUAGAAAUCAAGCCGGUGUUGAAUAUGGCAUUCCGGACUUUUACGAAUCAACAGGGACAAAGAGCAAGAUGGAAGAAUAUUAAGUGUCCUCGUCAACCAGGAAAUUCUGAGUGUGGAUACUAUGUUAUGAGGUAUAUGUAUGACAUAUGCAAAAAAUAUUUUGCCAACACUUUGUUGGAUGAGGCAUUUCAAGAAACUGAAGCAUAUUCCGAUAAGGAAAUAGAUGAGAUAUGCAACAUGUGGGCAAAAUAUUUUCUAAACGAGUGUGUAUAGUUUGAAUAUAUUAUAAUUGAAUGUAUUUAGCAAACUAUGAUUGAUUGUAAUUUCUUUGUGUUGUGGAUCAAUUGCGGUUGUGGAUCAAUUGCGCAGUUCUUCCAUUAUUAGCUUGUGUAAUACUGACGCACAAUUUAAGAUAAGUUAUGAUAAACACAUAAAAGGUAUUAGCUGUCU